GGAGCAAGAAACAGUCCGCUCGUUGACUGAGAGAAGCUGCUGUCAAAUUCAAUCGCAAAAAAAAAAAAAAUCAAGCCAUACAUAGAUCGAAACGUUCUUUCAUGUCAGAAUUCGACAACGCUUCCAACCACUUCAUACAAUGGCUGAAGGCCAAUGACGCUACCAUUUCUGAUUCGCUUGCCAUUAAAGACUAUCGCUCAGAAAAGGCUGGGAGAGGCGUAGUGGCAAUAAAGGACAUAAAGAAAGAUGAACUUUUGUUCUCUAUACCUCGAAAAGUCUUACUCUCGGAAGAAACCAGUCAAUUGGCGACCAAGCCGGGCAUGAAGGAUAUCCUUAAUUCGCAGCAAGGCUGGGCUCCGUUGAUUCUUUGCCUAAUGUACGAACUCAAGUCGGAGAACUCAUUUUGGAAGCCCUAUCUGGACAUUCUCCCCAAUAUAUUUGACACCCCAAUGUUUUGGGAAGAGAAAGAUAUUGACGAAUUGGCGGGUACUGGUGUCCCAGAUAAAAUUGGACGGGACGAUGCGGAAAAUCUGUUUAAGAGCACCAUACAACCCAUUAUCAAGAGCCACCCCGACGUUUUUGACGAAAAUGUCCAUAACCUUAAUCUGUUCCAUAUCUGUGGGUCUUUGAUUAUGGCUUACAGCUUUCAUGACGAACUUACACCCAAGCCUUCCAGCAAAGGCGAUGAGGAGGAAGAGGACGAUGAGGAAGAGGAAGAAGGCAUUAUUGCCAUGGUACCAAUGGCGGACAUGCUCAAUCACCGCACAGGUUUCAAUAAUGCACGUCUUUUUCAUGAACCGGAGGCUUUGCAAAUGAGAGCCAUCAAGGAUAUCCAGGUCUCAGAGCAGAUUUACAACACAUAUGGCGAUCUGUGCAACGCAGACCUGUUACGGAAAUACGGCUUUGUGGAUGAGCCCAACGACUUUGACAUUGUCGAGAUAAGCGGCGAUUUGGUAUGCGAUGUGAGCUGCCCAGCCGACGUGACGGAUGAGGAGAAAGAUGCUAAGGUCACAUUUUUGUUAGAAGAGGAUGUGUUGGAUGACUACUUUGUGAUUGAGAAGAAUGGAGAUAUUCCUCCUGAACUAAUUGCCUGCGUGCAGGUGUUUAUGAUGUCAAGUCAGGAAUUUUCCAUAGCUUUGGAAAAGCGGAAAGUGCCAAAACCCAAAUUGACGCCAAGCGUGAUGGACAAAGUGAAGCUCAUUCUAUCCAAACGACUUGAGCAAUACAAGACCACUUUAGAGGACGACGAAAGAAUGCUAUCCAAUGCAGAUGACCUGUCGACCAAAAAGUACAGUAGUAUCCUAGUUCGAGCUGGAGAAAAGCGCAUAUUACAGCAAACUCUGAAUGAGGCUGAUGGCCCAAAGAGGAAAAAGCAGCGAAAAUAAAGUGACGUCGAUGAGCUUGUUUCGUGGGCGAUCCCCCUUUUCCCAUUAUGAGCGAGAGGGUCCAGACUUUUGUCCAUUCGAGAUUCCAGACCGUCCGCAUUGCUGAGCAUCGGCCUGCCCUAUUCCGCGAGCUUUCCGUUUCCCCUUUACUUUAUAAUCAUCCAUCCACUUAU